UACAGUUCGAAAAACGUUCAAUGGAUGCAAAUUCCUAGUGGAAUUAAAAGGAACAGUACUUAACCCGACUUUCUUUACUUACUAUUUUACAUGUUUUUGUAAGGGUACAAAAGUUCGUAAUUGGACUGAUUUGCGAUUGCUUUUAUUACACUGCAUUUUUGAACUCGGUAAGCUGAUGAACAUCUAUAGUAAAUAUCAUGCUCUGAGUUGAAGAAAUUCCCUCAUCAAUGCACUGCUGAAUCCUGCUGUAUCAAAAAUACAAUCCAGCUGAUAAAAAUAAACAACCAAACUGCGCCUAUUCUGUAUCCCUAUGGCCACCGUUGCCACCAACAAACAUGUCCACAUCGGUUUCGAACCGAUCCUGCUCUAGGACCGUGUAUUUAUUUGGUCAUCGACAUUCGUUCAGUGAGACACCUAUCUGCUGGGUCAUUCGUGUUCGACUUAUUGAUUCCCGUAUACAGUUCCGCAAUUGGAAGGUCAAAACCAGAACAGAACCAUGACCAUCACUAACCUGUUUAUAAUCCUGAAUCUGGGCUGCGAGAUGUUGUACGUAAUCGAUCAGCGCCUGAAAGCACAAGCGAUUCCACUGGACAAAUCGGCACAAGUUUUACGAGAAAUCACCGAAGUACUACUGGAUCCAAAAUUUCUCCACUAUAUUUCUACGGCUUACCAACACAAUUUGCUUACGGUGCAACAAACACGGAUUCUCCUUACUGACAUAGCAUGCUGUUCACUGAUGCGCCUCGAUGUGAAUUCCAUGGAUAAAUUGUGGGAUCUAAUGAUCAUGAUCUUCAAAUGGCAAAUGUAUUUAACGAACAAAAGUUCCCAAGCUUUGAUGGAUCUCACAUUUCGUCAUCUGGAUGGAAUUGGCAGGCUCAUUCCUGAGAUGAAAAAACAGAUAUUGAUUGAUAACGUUAAAAAGUCUCUUAUUGAAAUGUGGGAACCACUUUGUGAGGAUGACCAGACAAUUGUUCAUCGUCGUGUGUAUAAAUGGUUGAAACCAUAUACAACCAAAAUAUCUAUACUAAUUCGAAUGGGCUUACAAAAGUCUGACGGUGAAUUUGAAUCAUCAUUUCAAAAUAAUGUAUUCUAUAAUUAUUACAUUCAUAAUAUUGGUGAAAAUAUAUACUCAAAAACAGCAAACCUGCAGGCAUUGAAGGAACAAAUAGACCAAUCAGAAAAUGAUUCUAUAUCAGCAAGUUUGGCCGUAAAAAGUCAUGAAAUAGACACACUCGUACAACAGUUAAAUGUUCAACAUACUUGUGAAGAAUUUGGUAAUCCGGAAUCGAGUACAUCGAAAGCCACAUCAUCUGAGGCCAUUCAUGAUAGUUUGAAUAAAAUAGUUAUUAAUCAAAGUAUAGAAUUGGAUGCCAAAAAUGAUAGUGUAACUGAUCAAUCUAAAACAAAAGAGUCAAGUGAAGAAACUAAUUUAGUAAAAUUUUUGAAAAAGAUUAAAAUAGACGAAGAUGAUUUUGUUGUUAAACAAGUGAUUGAAGUUAAUCCAAAUGAACAAUUGCUUCAAAUGUUCGACCAAAAAGAAGAUUAAGGAUGCAUUGCAGUUUUUGUGUUUCUAGUGAUUAUACGUCGUAUCUAAAAUAAUUCAACUUUGAUUAAGAGUUUAAAAUCUACCAACAGCUGGAUCGACAACAACUAUUAGUAAUAUUUUUAAGACGUAAGAAAAAGGCUUAAUUCAAUAUUUAAUUCCCAUUUAAAUACUGUACAUGUCCAAUAGUUUAUAGAAUUAAGAUACUUUAUUUAAAAUCCUUGAUACCGUGCCAUUGUGCUGCAGCAAUAGGUUUUAAUGAGAGGCAAGCACAGGCUUUUCUAAAAAAAAUAAUAUUGAAAAAUUCGAUAUAAUCUAUUGAAAAGUAGCUAAUAUUGUGCGAAUUUUCUAGGUUCGAUCAUAUCUUGAUUAUUAGGAAUUUUAGCAUGUAAAAACUUGUAACAGCACCCUCGGGUUAAGAUAGCCAUAUGAUGUUCUCGAGGUGGAACAUCCAGAAAAUCUCUUUGCAAUUUUGAAUACGAACUUUAGAGACACAAAUUUGUCGAACGAAGCACCAAACAA